CUUUUCCAAUGUCAAACCAAAACCCUAAAACUAAACUCAACUCUUUUGUCUUCCUUUCUUACUAGGAUAGUAGGAUUCCUCAACAUCAAAAUAAGUCCAACUCAGUUAGCUCAACUCUACAACCAUCUCAUCUCCCACUUUCAUUGCCUCAUUUCCAAUACCAACAUGAUCCUCAGAAAUUAACCAAACACACAGCAACAAGAUUGUGUCUUCAGAAUGAUUUAUGGUACUGAUCAUGAUCUCCUCUGCACCCGCGUCGCACCCGAUCACUCCCCCCUCCUCCUCCACCGCCACCCCCGCCAUUAGAUCACCUACAACCGCCGCCGCCGCACACUCUCAGCUCCCGCCGCCUCUCUCCCGCCUCCCGUUAGACUAUGUCCUGCCGAUCGGCGACUCCUCCGGCCAGCUGGCCCGGGUUCGGAUCUCCGAUAUUGCCCCGUACGACGGAGCUCCGACCGGGACGUAUGUGAGGGCGGUGGAGGCGCUGGCGGGGUCGCUGAUGAGGCACAACGCCGCCGUCAUCGAACUGGGAGCCGACGACGCGGCGCUGUUGCGCUGCGGCUUGGAAGCUUCCAGAUUGUAUUUCCGGAGCAGAGCUCAGCUCGGCGCCGGCAAAGGUAGCCGUGGAGUUUACAUGUACAGGGCCGGAAGGGCUUUAGAAGAUUGGGACUCGUCGCCGCCGUGCAUGGCUGAUGUUUUCAGGUGCAUGGGGAAGGCGGCGCGUGUGGCUUUGUCUACAAUAGCAAGGCAUCUUCGUUUGCGCAGCGAUGUUUUUAGCCAUUUGCUUGAUGAUACUCCAUUGCCGGCUAAUGAGGUGUCCUCAUCGGUGCUUUUGGCAGCCUACUCCAAUGCGGCAUUACAAAAUGGGAAGGGUGCUAUUGGGGGAGGGAAGCCGGGAAUGAAUGGCGAAGUGGAGAAGGGAUUGUUGACAUUGGUUUCCUCGGACAGUCCUGGUAUACAGGUGUGUGACCCCAAUGGUCGUUGGUACCUGGCAGACAGUGGGUCAGCUCCUGGGGAUCUUUUAUUACUUACAGGCAAGGCACUCAGCCAUGCUACUGCUGGCCUUCGCCCUGCUUCAUCGUAUAAAGCUGCUCCUGAUUAUUCCUCUGGCGUUAAUAGUGGUGGGAGGACAUCACUUGCAUUUAGGCUCAUGCCACAAGGUAAUGCUAUAUUAGAUUGUUCUCCCAUUGCAGCAGCUGGUCAUGUCAUUCCCCAGAGUUAUGUACCGAUAUCUGUAAGCCAGUUUAUGGACGAUCUUUCUGCUGAGGAAGAUGUUUUGUGCAAUCAUUCUGAUAGUGCAAUUGUGCCUCAAAUCAAUUUAAAUAAGGAUGCAUCUUUAAGAAGUGUUCUGUCAGACCCCCUAUCUGGUGCAUUCCUUGAAGAUGCUAUGGUAGUAUCCUGCGGGCAUUCAUUUGGCGGUCUCAUGUUGAGAAGAGUCAUUGAAUCAUCAAGAUGUACCCUGUGCAAUGCAGAAAUUGAGACCAGAUCUUUAGUUCCUAAUCUUGCUCUUAGAGCUGCAGCUGCAGCAGUGAAGCAUGAGGAUGAUCGAAGGCUAUUUCACAAUGCUACUACCCGAAAGCGUCGGAAAGAAACGGGUGACCCAAUGGAUCCAUCACGAAGACCAAAUAGGGAAAAUGGAGAUGGUGGUGAUGAUGGAUUUAAUCGUGGGGUGCAGUAUCCAUUUUCAGUGAAUGAAAAAGUAAUGAUUAAGGGGAACCGAAGGACUCCCGAAAAAUUUGUUGGCAAGGAAGCAGUCAUCACAUCCCAGUGUCUGAAUGGCUGGUACUUGCUUAAGAUUAUUGGAACCGGAGAGAAUGUUCGGUUGCAAUACCGUUCCCUGAGGAAGAUAUAGAGCUAGAAGCCUAGAACACUCCUGUCAUUGAAGACAUUGCUCUUCCACAACCCAUUCAGAACAGCUAUUGAUGAGAUUAUAGAAAUUUUGUAUUACUUGAGCCUCAAAAGUUCAUAACCGGAAGUGAUUACCACGUCUUGCUAAGAAAUAUAUAACUAAAGACAGUCUUUGUUGUAACUGAUUGUGUUUGAAUCAUGUUUAACCAGAAGAGAUGUAGUGUUUUAGCUAGGAUCCUAGAGAUUUUGUUGACAGCAUGCUUUGUAAAUGAAAAUUGUCAGGUAGUGCUGGGUUUUACUUUUACAGAGCUGUAAUCCGUCGAGUAUAAACUAGUUUUUUCAAAAUCUAAUCACCAUCAUGAGCAUUUC